AUGUCGCAAGCCGAGCUCUCCACCUGGCUCGAGUCCCGAGACGCGCACUGGUGCUCGCAGUACCAGGCGGCGCCGGCACCGGACGAGGAGUCGGAGAUCGUGGCGCAGUUCCUCGCGGCGCCGUACCCGUACCAGAACGACGACGGCGGCGAGGAGCAGGAGCAGAAGCGUCAGCACCAUAAGCUGGGCGAGAUCAGCGCCACCAGCUCCACGUACUGGCCUGAUGAGCCCGGCCAUGUCAGUGACCCCGGCACCGGGGCCUGCGACUACUGGCCUUCCAAUGGCGACGCCAGCAACAGCAACAGCAGCGGAAGCGGAGCCUACUUUGAUGGCAGCGGCUGCUGCUACUACUACCUCGCCGAGCCGGACGUGUCCCUCGGGAUCAACACACGCACGGUGCUGCCGUGCGCGUCUUCCAUCGACCUAAACCUCCUCGGCGACGGGGAGGAGGAGGGAGCCGCGAGCCUCGUCCACACGGUCCCUCCCAACCCUUCGCCCGCCGAUCACUCUCAUACGGCCAGCCACCGCAAUGUAGGCGAUGACAGCGCCGCAGCCCGAGCCGCGGUGUCGGCGCCGAAGCGGAAGGCUCAGGCCGGCAACGAUGGCGGGGAUCUUGGACGGCACAAGAAGAAGGAGAAGAAGACUGCAUCCAAGGCGGCGCAGAAGUGCAGUCAGGAGAGUGCACAAAGCAAAGGCAGCUGCUCAGCCGACGAGUCCAUGCCCAAUUGCUCCGCGGUGAACCGCCGCUCGGGGGCUCACGGCGGCAAUGUGAAAGCCCGGGCAGCGAAAGGGUCGGCGACCGAUCCCCAGAGCCUCUACGCAAGGAGGAGGAGGGAAAGGAUCAAUGAGAGGCUCAAGAUUCUGCAGAAGCUGGUGCCCAAUGGAACCAAAGUUGAUAUCAGCACAAUGCUUGAGGAGGCAGUUCACUACGUCAGGUUCCUGCAGCAGCAGAUCAAGAUGCUGAGCUCUGAUGAGAUGUGGAUGUACGCACCGAUCGCUUACAAUGGCAUGAGCUUAGGAAUCGACUUGAGGAUCUCCACUCCUCAGUGACCACGAGUUAAAACUCAGUUAUUAAGCGCGAUCUUUUGCAGACGAUCUUUGUCACUGACGAAAUUAGGUCUAUUUUUUGACCUAGGGCUUGCCACUGCCUUGCAAUAGGGCCAUCGUUGUUUGUAAGAUGCAAUAUUGAUGUCAAUUUCAGUCGUUUUCUUGGAGAUAUUUCUUUGGCUCCUCUUUACCAGAUUAUUUUUCACACUUCAUCCUUCCACUACGUACAUCAAGAGUUAACGAAAUCCAUAGAGGUGAAGACAUGCAAGACGUGUGGCCAUUUUUGUAAUGAUAUCCUGUCAGGUACACUAUUGUUGUAAAAUUGAUACAAUCUUUUUUCCUCACCUAAUUGGUGUUGACGCUGAAUAAU